CCGGAGAGGCCUGUAAAUGGAUCCAGCGGCUUUGCGUGAAAGUCCUGCGGGUUCAGGGGCUGCUUUGGCGGAGGAGAGAGGAGGAAAUCGGGCGCCGGAGGAGGAGGAGACCGGUGAGGGACGAGAGGCUGAUGGAGAGUCCGAGGAAACUGACCUUGAGAGUAGAGACUCCAAAUGUCCAGAUGAAAACUCACUACAUGGAAAACUGACUGAGGAGGAACUGGAUCCUAGAAUCAAGGAGGAACUAGAAUGUCUAAAUGAGACCAGCGAGGAGAUCAACAAGAUGGAGCUGGAACUGCAAGAAGUUCGGUCCAGCCACAGAAGGAUAAUGAGUGAAUCUGUGCUUAAACUGAAGGCCAAAAGUUCAGAACUGGGUUCAUGCAUUGAGAAGGCCAGACCUUACUAUGAAGCACGAAGAAAAGCAAAAGAGGCCCAGCAGGAGACCCAGAAAGCAGCACUCAGCUUUGAGAGAGCAGUUUCCAUGCACUCGGCUGCUCGAGAGAUGGUUCAUGUGGCUGAACAGGGUCUCACCGUAGUAAAAACACUGGAUCCAACCUGGCAGGAGAUGUUGAAUCACGCUACCGCGAAGGUGAACGAGGCUGAAGAGGAGCGAUUAAAGAGUGAGCACGAGCACAUGCGCGUCACUCAGCUGUGUCAGGAGGCUGAAGCCCGAGUGCAGGAGCUCCAGAAAUCCCUUAAGAGAGCCAUCGUCAAGUCCAAGUCUUACUUUGAGCUUAAAGCUCAGUUUAAUGACAUCCUAGAGGAGCACAAGGCAAGAAUUUUACAGUUAGAAGAUCGUAUUUCCAAAGCCAAGGUCAACUAUUCCAGCACUCUGCGCAACCUGGAGCAAAUCAGCGAGGAGAUUCACGCGCAGAGGGGACAGGACCAAACGAUGAACGGACCAAUCAGCACGUGCAGUGGGCGGAGUCCUCCUGUAGGAGCAGAGACCGUUAGCAGCACAGGUACAGAGGGCGGAGGCUAUAUGAGACCAAAUAAGUGGGUGCAUGGAAAAGAGGGCAUGGCUAUUUCCAGGGAGUGGGUGGAGUCUAAUCCAGACUGGGUGGACAUGGGAAAAGGAGCGGUGACACGAUCUGGUUCAGACUCUCUUUCCAUGGUCAGCUUCCGGACCAUCAAAUCUGAUCUUGAAAAGUAUGACUCGGUCGAACAUCUCAGUCGACUCAGCAGUUUUUCAGGGGAAGAAAGCGAGAAAGAUGGGAAGGAUAAUAAGCUAAAGAAUAACAUCGACAUUUCAGAGGAGUUCCUCAAACAACACAUCAGAAGUGUCAGUUUAUGAUUGCGACUUUAAAUAAUAAUGUUGUUGUUUUAAUAGUUUUGAUAGUUUGAUUCUUGAUUCUUGACUGACAAAGACACUUGUUUAAUUUGUAUUUAUUGAGGAUUUUUAUUAGUACUUGAAAAGGAGACCGACCAAAAUAUGAUAGUAAUAUUAAUGAAUAUUAUUUUGAACUCUGAUUAAAUAAUUUUUACUCAACCCUUACAUGAGAAAUUUGCCCUCUUUUGGGUAGUUCAAAAUAACUGACAAUAUUUGUACUGCCAGUAGUUCUCUUUUAUUAGCCUAAUUAUUAAAUACUAACACAUAUUUCCCUUCCAUCCUAUUAAGCACCUUUGUUUUUCUAUGCAAAUGUAUAAAGCUGUAUUUUAAGAACGCUUCGGAUAUUAUAAUCUCUGUAGCUGACAUAAUGAUAUAACGAGGCCGUUACGCUUUGUGGUGAACUUUUGUUUGCUUACUGACACUCUUUGAAGGUAAAACCCCAUUAAUCAUCAGUUAUGGCCAGGAUCUAAAAUGUCACUAUCGUUUUCAGCUUAUUUUUAACUUAUCGUCUAUUUAUUUUAACAUAAAUCUCAUGCUGACUUUGAUAAGUGGGUUCACAAAUAAAUGACUAACACUGCUAGGUAGUUAUUUCUGCAUGCAUGAGGCUUACUUUGUUUGUCUCAUUUGCAUUCGAUUUAUAACUAUUGAAAUACAGAUCGUGUGCUGUUGGAGAAAUAAAGUAUUGAAUGAUUUGUUUUUAAUUCUCAGGCCAGGGUUUGUAAAACGCCUGCCACUGAACGUGUUUUGCUGUUUCAGACAAUCACUUUUUCUAUAUUUCAGAAUUUAUUUUGAUUAAAGGAAUUUGCAGGCAUUAUCAGAUGCGGUUUUUCAUGAUCUGUGUGCUUUGUACACCUUUGCAAACUCAGCGUGAGCAUCGAAUGUUGUUAUGUUGUUGUGUUUUGUUAGUGUUCUGUAUGAAGAUAUGCACAGUGUCGUGACAUUUGUGGCAUCUGAUGGAACAAUAAAUAUGUGAAAAUCUA